AUGACAUGUUUGAGUGAAGUGAAUGGGAAGGUGGAGAAAAUGAACAAGAGGCUUAGGAAGAUUGAAAGUUGCCAAGUUGUUUUAAAAAAGAGGUGUAAGAGGAUGAAGGCAAUGGAGAAGAAGCUUGAGAAGAUUGAGGAUUGCCAAUAUUAUUUAAAAAAGAAGGCCAAGAAGGUGGAGACAUUGGACGGGAGGAUUGAUGGCAUUGAGAAAGAAAUGAAGGAAAUGAAAGAGAAGGAGGAGGAUAACGAGAACAAUGAGGGUUUCGACUACCAAGGCAUGGAUUAUGACUGGGAGGUGGUAGAAGAGAAAGAGAGUGAAGAAGAGGCUCAGAAGGACGAUAAAGGUUCUGAGGAAGAUACAGAACCUAAACCUGAAGCAGAAGCUGAAGAAGACAAAGAAAAAGAGGAUGAGGAAGAGAGUGAAGAAGAGGCUCAGAAGGACGAUAGAGGUUCUGAGGAAGAGAAAGAACCUGAACCUGAAGCAGAAGCUAAAGAAGACAAAGAAAAAGAGGUUGAAACUGAGGUUCGGGUUGAGGUUCAAGAUGAGGUUAAGAUGAAUGAAGCCAAUGAAAAAAUACCUGAGAAAGAACCUGAUGAGGUUCAAGAUGAAGUUGAGAUGAAUGAAGCCAAUGAGAUUGAAGAAGAGGUUGAAACAGAGGCUCGGGUUGAAGUUGAAACCGAGAAAACUCCUACACCACCACAUGGUAGGACUAAGGCAGCAGCCACGAGGAGACAAGUCCUUACAACACCAGAGAAGUUGUUCGAAAAGGCUGAAAAAAUGGUGGAGGAAGAGGUGGAAGAACCUGAGGAAGAGGCUGAAAAAAUGGUGGAGGAAGAGGUGGAAGAACCUGAGGAAGAGGGAAAAAUGGUGGAGGAAGAGGUGGAAGAACCUGAGGAAAAGGCUGAAGAAAUGGUGGAGGAUGAGGUGGAAGAACCCGAGAAAGAGACUGAAAAAUAUACUGAGGAAGAAAAGCAAGAGUGGUACAUGGUUGUCUACGAAGGCAGUACUUGUGAAACGAAGGAAGCUGACAAGGGAGCAGUCAAGCCUUCUGGAACUGGGGUCAAUCAUAGGCCAAAGCAAAUGGCGUUGAGGAAGCAGGCUCCUAAGCAGGCUCCUAAGCCGAGGGGUAGACCGAGAAAGGCUACUCAACCAAAGAAGUUCACAACGCCAGAACAGACAAAAAGGAUACGUUCACGCUCACAGUGGGUUUCCACUCCUUUCACUGAAGCUAACACUGAUGAGAUUGAAGGGCGCAAGAAGAAGCCUAGAACAAAGGCUUAG